AUGCGAUACCUUUACUCAACCACAAAGUUUCAUUUCAAUUGCUCCAUCCCUCGCAAUAAUACCUACCUACACAGUGCUGCCUCGGUGGCUCUGUAUCACGUCACGUGCUUGUCCUCAUUCAGUAACACUUUGCUUUUUUAUAACUUACAACCCUCUACCUACCCCACAAAGAUUCCUCUUCGGUCAUCGAUAUAUUCCCACCACUCAAAAAUACUCAGUCAUACAACACUCUAUCAUCAACAUCCCAAAGUCCUGCCCUCAUCUUAUCUCAUCACCAUCACCCUCACCAUUGCCAAGACCCAUCAUCCACCAACAUGGCGCACAGCACUUCCUCAAAUACAGCCACUUACGGCUCUGAAGAUCAGUCCGUACCCUCGAAUACCUUAUGCCACCUCAUAUUUCCUCCUGUUCAUCCAACAUAUCACUGACCAACCCCCCUCUAGAUACGCAUCCACCUCUAACGCACCACCUACCCAAACAACAUCCCAAAUCGCCGCCAAUGCAGCAAUUUCUCGCCAAUGGACAGCCACAUACAUAGCCGAUCCAACCCUUCCCGUCGUUGCUCCAUCGUCUUUUCGCCCUAAUCCAAUAGCUUCCCGAAUCCAAGCGGCAAACACAAAUAUCGCUAAGUUUGAUGCAGCUUUCAACAAUGGCAAUAACAGCAACGGCCGCAACAAUAUGAAUAGUAAAGUCAAUUGAGGAGAGGAAAGGUACAAAAGAAUUGAAAUGUAAACAAGCUCCCACAGCGUCGAGGAAAAGGCUUGUGGUGGAAGGAAGGGAUUGAGGAGGGGGAUUGAACGGUUUGAAUGCGAUGCAGUGCAGUGCAGUGCAGUGCAGUGCGGUGCGGUGCGGUGCAGGGAUCUGUGUGAGGGGGUCGGGCAUCGGGAAAUACCCACUUCGGGUCGUC